AUGGCCAUUCGUGUUGUUUCAAAUGUGAUUAAGAGGGGAACUACACUAAAGAGUGUCCUAAGAAUAACAAAGGAGGUUGAAAUCUGGGAAAUAGAGCACAAUAUUUAUCAGUUGCUCCACCAGCACCUAAAGGAGACACUUUUGGUGCUUCAAGAAGGGGAAAACCGAAUCUAUGCAAUCACUAGCAGUGAAGAGCAAGAAAACUCUCCAGAUGUUGUCACAUGUAAGGCUUAUGUGGUUGCUGAUGCGUUAAGCAGGUUAUCCAUGGGGAGUACCUCCCCUUUUGAGGAAGAAAAGAGGGAUUACUCUAAAGCUGUACAGACUUCUACUCAUAGGAGUCAAACUUUUGGAUUCCACAGAAGGAGGGAUAGUGGUGAACAACGGAAAAGAGGUCAGGCUGGAGGUAAUGCUCAGCCUAGGCCUAAUCCACAGGAUACAGCAGCAGUCGAGCCUUGUAAGAGGAACAGAUUCUACGUCCUUAAGGGCAGGGAGGAGCAGGUGAAGUCCACUAAUAUGUUCACAGGUAUGCUGCAAGUAUUAUCAACUUCUGUUUACGCUUUACUUGAUACAUGGUCUACAAUUUCCUCUAUAACUCCUUUGCUUGCUAACACUUUUGAGAUAUUUCUUGAAGUUCUGCAUGACCUAUACUGGGUCUUCCGUGAAUGUAUUGACUCCUUUGUCAUAGUAUUCAUUGAUGAGAUUCAAAUCUACUAUAAGACCAAGAAAGAGCAUGAACAACAUUUGAGACUAAUCUUACAAAUUAGUGACUUCCUGGGUCAUGUUGUGUCUGACAAAGAUAUAGACGUAGAUACCAGGAAGAAUAAAGUUGUUAAGAACUGGGCAAAACCUCUUACUCCCACAGAUAUUCGUAGCUUCUUGGGAUCAGGUUCUUGGAGGGUUUUUCUUCCAUUGCUACCUCAUUGA